AUGUCUUCCCAAUCCACCGACGAUACGCUGCGCCACGACCUUGACACUCUCCAUAAGCAAACACAGCAUCUUCUGUGUGAGACCCAGCAACUCGCUAGGCGCAAGUUGCCCGUGCAGAAACAGUUGACAACAGUAACGGCGCCAUUGGAAUGGGAUCCGAGGACCGGACCUGAUACAGCGUUCCAACGAGAUCUGUUGUGGUGGUAUAACCAAUUCGGAAUCCGAGGUAUCCAGAGUUUCCUUGUCGAGUGGGCGGAUGAUAUGUACAUGAAGACAUCCCAGAAGCAAUUUGAGCAAUUGAAAGAUGAAAUUGGCCCUCUGAUUCCCUCAUACUUAGCCUCCCUGCCGCCUGCACUGAUUCAGGCCGUAAUCUGCAACAACAUACCUUCAAGAAUGAAAGAUCCGGAGUUCAAGAAACAUGUUGAAGAUUGGGUGCGGUGUGAACACAAGCUGGGCCCCGGCGUGUAUGAGAUUUCGGUGGCACACAAGGAGACCGGUCUUGGUCCGACCUUGAGACAGCUCGUCGACAUAUCGAAUACCAUGAGCAGAUACAUUGAUCUCGAGGAUACAGCAUUUAUCAGCACGGCGCGCACUAUUGACAAUCAGUACCCACAGAAAUGGGGCAUCCGGGACGACUACACUGUCAAGAGGCGAUACUCCAGAGUCCUGAAGAACGGGACACACGAUUUUAAAGCCAUCAGAAAUUGGCUCGAGAUCCUUGAGCAAGAAUACCUCCACCUGACGAAAUCUCUACCACAAGAUCACCCCUAUUGGGACACCGGAAUGUCCAGGCUCUUCACCUAUAUUGGUUGGGCCAAGAACCUUGACGAAAGGUCGCACAAGCAUACGACACAUUAUGGACUUGAGAGCAUUGUUUUCGGCCUCUUCUCAGCAGUCGUCAAAUACCUGUUCGGGCUUGAAUUCCAGAUAACCCGGACCGUCUUGUUCUAUGCAACUUCGGGCGUACAUGCAGGCAUUACAGAGAUUUUAGGGCACGCAAUGGCCUCCGGUUACCUAGAGCUAGGCGGGUUCAACCACUCGUGGGCAGGUGGCCGAGGAAGCGGUGCAGGUCUAGACACUGAAGAAGUCACACAGCAAGUUGACCUGCAUAAGGAAAUGAUUCUCAAGAGUGGCCACGUCGAGGAGAACCUGAUGCAGAACGACGAAAAGCUCGAGCGCCUGACCUUUGCAUGUGACGAGGAUGCGCAAGAGCAGCUCUGGUCAGAAACGGCUGAGGCACAGAUAAAAUGCCUUCAGCGUGCGGAAGAGUCUGAGAAAAGCGUGGAGAAAACUCACACAAGUGUUUUGUUGGCAGACUUUCAAGUAAAACUUGAACUUGCAGCACACAAGAACAGAAUGACUGCAGACGAAGAUGCAUCUUGA